UCAUCUGCCAGUUCCACCUCCACGCAAGACUGUCGAGACCUUCUUGGCCCUUCAACGGACAACGCCAUAACCCCAUCUAAAACCCUCCACGAAGCUGUGGUUUUCCCUCGAAAACGAUGAACUGAAGAAAUCCCAAGAUUUUCAUCAUGCCUUACCCCGCAGUUUUCAUCCAGAAUUACCUCAGAGUAUCUCUGAACCCACUCAGGACUAGUUCAUUUCAGCUCCGCCGUCGCCUCCAUUUAAGCCCUAGACUCAUCCGACCUCUUCCUCCAUCAUCGAGGCCUGCGCUAGUGUUAAUUUGCUCCUCGUCUUCUUCUCAUGUUUCUUCUUCCAAACACCUAAUUAAGAGAACGAGAAAUAAAGAUUCUUACUCGUUACCUUACUUUUACCAGCAAAGUUUGCCCUACGGCCGCUACGCCUACGACGAAUAUGCUUCCGAGGAGGAGUCUGACCGUGAAAAUUUGCAAUUGCCCCAAAGUUUGGGGGCUUCCACUCUUGAUAACAUUGAAGAAUGGCAGUGGAAGCUAACUACACUAAUCCGAAAUAAAGAUGAGCAAGAGGUAGUUUCACGUGAGAGAAAAGACAGAAGAGAUUUUGACCAACUCUCAGCACUAGCUACUCGGAUGGGUUUACAUAGCCACCAAUAUUCAAAAGUAGUUGUCUUCAGUAAAGUUCCGUUGCCAAAUUACAGAUCAGAUUUAGAUGAUAAACGCCCGCAAAGAGAGGUGGUUCUUCCUUCAGAAUUACACAGCCGGGUUGAUUAUCAUCUAAAAUCAUACCUUUCACAAAAGUCUGCUACUAGAGAUGGUUAUCCAAAUAACACCUUACCUACAUCAAGAACAUCCGAGAGUCUUGUUGGUGAGGCUGAUGAGCCUCUCAGACAAAGUCCUGUUGCAGAGGGAAUUCUCCGGAGGAAGAGUUUUCAGCUGCGAAAUAAACAACAGGAUUGGCAGGAAUCUGUUGAAGGCCAAAAAAUGCAAGAACUACGGAGAAGCCUACCUGCAUAUAAAGAGAAAGAAGCAUUGUUAAAUGCUAUUUCCAGAAAUCAGGUAAUUGUGGUGUCUGGUGAAACGGGGUGUGGUAAAACCACACAACUACCUCAAUACAUCUUAGAGUCUGAAAUUGAAGCUGCUCGUGGAGCAGUUUGCAGUAUUAUCUGCACCCAACCCAGACGAAUAUCUGCUAUGUCAGUUGCUGAGAGGGUUGCUGCAGAACGAGGGGAGAAGCUUGGAGAUUCUGUUGGGUAUAAAGUUCGGCUUGAGGGAAUAAAAGGAAGAGAUACUCGCCUGCUGUUUUGCACUACUGGCAUUUUGCUUAGGAGAUUACUACUCGACAGGAGCUUGCAAGGCGUAACUCAUGUCAUUGUUGAUGAGAUCCACGAACGAGGGAUGAAUGAGGAUUUUCUUCUUAUCGUGUUGAAGGAGCUUCUUCCUCGCAGACCAGAACUGAAGUUAAUUUUGAUGAGUGCAACCCUAAAUGCUGAGCUUUUCUCCUCCUACUUUGGUGGAGCUCCAAUGAUGCAUAUUCCUGGUUUCACUUAUCCAGUUCGGAGCUAUUUUCUGGAGAAUAUUUUAGAAAUGACUGGAUAUAGGCUGUCAACAUAUAAUCAAAUUGAUAAUUAUGGCCAAGAGAAAUCAUGGAAAAUGCAGAAACAAACUCUUCGUAAAAGGAAGACCCAAAUUGCUUCAGCUGCGGAGGAUGCUCUUGGAGCUGCUGAUUUGAGAGAGUUAAACCCGUGGACUAGGGAUUCCCUGUCAUGUUGGAACCCGGAUUCAAUUGGGUUCAAUCUUAUUGAGAAUGUUGUUUGUCAUAUAUGUAAAAAAGAAAGGCCAGGUGCUAUUUUGGUGUUUAUGACUGGUUGGGAUGAUAUAAAUUCUCUCAAGGAUCAACUCCAAUCUCAUCCGUUACUUGGAGAUCCAACCAAAGUUUUGCUGCUUGCAUGCCAUGGUUCGAUGGACAGCUCAGAACAGAAAUUGAUAUUCAAUAAACCUGAAGAUGGCAUCAGGAAAAUAGUUCUAGCCACUAACAUGGCCGAGACAAGCAUCACCAUCAAUGAUGUAGUUUACGUGGUUGACUGUGGAAAAGCUAAAGAGACUUCCUACGACGCACUCAACAACACCCCGUGUUUGCUUCCAGCCUGGAUCUCAAAGGCUUCUGCUCGCCAAAGGAGAGGAAGAGCUGGACGUGUGCAACCAGGGGAAUGCUACCACUUGUAUCCCAGAUCUGUAUAUGAUGCUUUUGCUGAAUAUCAACUUCCAGAACUUUUGAGGACACCCUUACAGUCUUUAUGCCUCCAAAUUAAAAGCUUGCAACUUGGUAGUAUUUCAGACUUUUUAUCAAAGGCCUUGCAGCCACCCGAACCUUUAUCAGUUCAAAAUGCUAUUGAAUACUUGAAAAUAAUUGGAGCUCUGGAUGACAAGGAGAAUCUUACAGUAUUAGGACGUAAGUUGUCAGUGCUUCCAGUUGAGCCAAAGCUUGGGAAGAUGUUAAUAUUAGGGGCUAUCUUCAACUGCCUGGAUCCAAUAAUGACUGUUGUUGCUGGUUUAAGUGUGAGAGAUCCAUUUUUGAUGCCGUUUGAGAAGAAGGAUUUAGCUGAGUCUGCAAAAGCUCAGUUUUCUGGAGGUGAUAACAGCGACCACCUUGCUCUUCUUCGUGCUUAUGAUGGUUGGAAAGCUGCUGAAAGACAGCAAUCGGGUGCAGAGUAUUGUUGGAGAAAUUUCCUUUCCUCACAAACUUUGAGAGCUAUUGAUUCUCUUAGGAAGCAGUUUUAUCAUCUGCUUAGAGACUGUGGUUUGGUUGAAAAUAUGGAGAAAUGCAACACAUGGAGCCAUGAUCAACAUCUCAUCCGAGCCAUCAUAUGCUCGGGCCUCUUCCCUGGAAUUUGCUCUGUUGUGAAUAAAGAGAAAUCAGUAUCAUUGAAAACAAUGGAAGAUGGUCCUGUAUUGCUUUAUUUAAAUUCAGUUAAUGCUCAGGAACCAAGAAUUCCAUAUCCAUGGCUUGUAUUCAAUGAAAAGGUGAAAGUGAAUACUGUCUUUCUAAGGGAUUCAACAGCUGUAUCCGAUUCUGUGGUUCUCUUAUUUGGAGGCACCGUUUCCAAAGGGGCCAUGGAUGGACACUUGAAAAUGUUGGGGGGUUACUUGGAGUUCUUCAUGAAGCCUGGGUUAGCAGCCACUUAUCUGACCUUAAAAAGAGAGCUUGAUGAACUCAUCCAGAUGAAGCUUUUGAAUCCGAAAAUAGACAUUGGCAACAAAAACGAAAAGGGACUAGUGGAGGCUCUAAAACUGCUAGUAUCCGGGGACAGAUGUGAGGGUAGAUUUGUCCACGGUCGAAAAGUAUCACCAGUUGUUUUAAAGAAAGAAACAAAAAAUAAAAAAGCCGCAUCCAUAUCUUCAACAAGUGGGAGUGUGGCAGAGCAUGAUAACUCCAAGAAUCACUUACAAACAAUGCUUUUAAGAGCGGGUCAUCAACCACCAAGCUACAAGACAUCACAGUUGAAAAACAAUAAGUUCCGGUCCACUGUGGUUUUCAAUGGGUUGGAUUUUGUCGGGCAGCCAUGUGGGAGUAAAAAACUUGCUGAAAAAAGCGCUGCCUCUGAGGCUCUCCACUGGUUAACCGAGGCGCUGAGCCCCAUCCCCAUCGCAAAACCUUUACCAACCAAGGGUUUGGAAUUGUAUCCAAGAUGAAGGCGUGCAAAAUGGUCAUUUGUACGAAUUUAAAGCCUGAGCUGUUCCCAAAAAGGCUAAAAUUUAUCUUCCGGGACCAUAUCUGUAAAAAUUAACAAAACAAGGACGAAAAGUGCAGUUUACCCUAAAAUCAAUGAUACUUCUAAGUGUUGUGACCGACAAAUUUGCUUCCAUUUUUAUUUAUUCAUUUAUUCCUUUUGGAGGGAAAAAU